UCAAAUUCAAUCCAUUCAUCACAGCAACUUAAUUAACAUCUCAUCAUAACUUUCUUCUUCUUCUUCUCCUGUUUCUCUCAUCAACAGUACUAGCUAGCUUAUUCUCAAAGAUAUGGAGGGUCUUAUUCCUUUUGUGUACAAAGCUAUAAUGCAGUACAGGAAUGGUAAAGAAGGAGCCAUAGGGUCAUGGCUUUGUGAGUCACCUUCGUAUUCGUACGUUAGACUUGCUGCUGGUGACUCUGGUCGGUUUCAAACCUCUGCUUCUGUUUUGUUGUCUGAUUAUGGCUUCUCUGCAACGGCACCACCUGCCAAGUCAUCAUCCCCUUCUAAUAAUUCUUCCUCUUCUGCAACACAAUUCCCGAUACAAUCUUCUUCUGGCGUUCAUCAAUCGCCAAAUCCUGCUUUGAAACGUCGUGAAGUUUCAGCAUGAACAACCGUUUAUGUUCGUUCGUGUGCUUGAAGGGAGCCGAAGGCUCAGCACAAGAACAAAUCCUAGUAAGAAUGAAUACUUGGGUAAAGUUUUUAGAUGUUUUAUAUCAAGGUUUUUGAUAAGAACAUAAUAUGUGAGCAUUUGCAAAACGUCUCUUCACAUCUUAUGUUUUUAGUAAACAAUCUGAUAGCAAAUAUCUAAACAACUUUACUUAAGUUUUGUGCUUCUGGUGUGAAAACUACAUUUGGAGGGUUAAUAUUAAAGUGUUCUGAGUUUGUGUUUCCCAGGUUGUGAAGGUUUGAGAAUUAAGCAAGCGUGUGGAAAAACCAAAGGGGUUCCAACGCUUGGUAAGUGUGGAAAAUCAAUGUAAAUAGGGGAUUUUAGUGCAUGAGAAUCAAAUAAAAUAAAAUAAAUAAAUGCAUGUGUUUUGAGGCCAAAGGGCCAGGAAGACUAUAUGAGAGCUUUUAAUUAAGACUAUAUUUGAUCUUUGAUUACUGAGGGUAUGUUGUUUCUUGGCCAAAGUGAAAGUGGUCAUGAAAAUUGAUCUGAACUUGUAAUAAAAUAUUUAGUCUGAAAA